UAGAAAAUACAUUCCCCCUUUUAAAGUGUAUAUUUGACAUCUGGUGAUUAACCUUAAAUAGGGAAAACCACAAUUGUAGCAAUUUGUUUUUUCUUUUUCAUAUUUUCUUCCUUAGAACAUUCAUUCUUUUAAAUAGUUAUGUAAUAAUUUAGGGAAAAGGGGUAGAAUUAUUAAAAGAUGGAUGUGAAGUAGCUGAUGGGCAUCUUAGAAUUCUUACAUAAGAGGUAUUAGUAUUGUGUUUUUAUACAAGUUAGCCAGGAUUAAUGAGCAUAACAUUUGCUUAAUUUAUAAAUUAAUUUGGACACUUUUUACACUUCAUUAUCCAUUCUGCGUAAAUUUUUUGAUGAGUUAGUUUGCUUAAGGCAACACUAAGCUUUCUCAUUCAUGUAGAACCUAUUUAGCCCUUUUGGUUUAUCUCAUGGGCAGAGCAUAAAGUGCUUGACAAAAUUUGAUCUGACAGCUUUACAGUUAUGUAACAUAGAACAGAAGCUUAACAACAAAAAAGAGGGAGAAGUGAGUGAUUUAUCAUAGCAACCUAUAUUUCUGUCUAGAGCUUUACCACUUUUCUCUUGCCUCUAAACUGUAGCAGAACCGCCAUACGGCUAGUAAUUUAAAGUCUUAACCAGUAUUUUUUCUAAAUAAUUACAAACAUUUAGAGGUGAAAAGGUCCUUAGGAUUAUCCUGUCCAGUUGCAUCACAUUACUAAUGAGAAUACAGAAGCCUGAAGAGGAGGAUGGCAUUCCCUGUGGAUAUGCUGGAUAAUUGCAGUCAUGAAGAAUUGGAAAAUUCUGCUGAAGAUUACAUGUCAGAUCUAAGGUGUGGCGACCCUGAAAACCCUGAACGUUUUUCUCUUCUCAAUAUCACGAUUCCUAUUAGCCUGUCCAAUGUAGGCUUUGUACCUCUUUAUGGUGGAGAUCAGACUGAGAAAAUUCUUGCUCUCUUUGCACCUGAGGACUCACUCACAGCUGUGGCACUUUACCUUGCUGAUCAGUGGUGGGCUAUUGAUGAUAUUGUGAAAACAUCUGUCCCUUCUAGAGAAGGGCUUAAGCAGGUGAGAACUCUUGGGGAGAGAGUGGUACUGUAUGUUCUGAAUCGAAUUAUUUAUAGAAAACAGGAAAUGGAGAGGAAUGAGAUACCAUUCCUGUGCCAUAGCAGUACUGAUUACGCUAAGAUUCUGUGGAAGAAAGGAGAGGCCAUUGGGUUUUAUUCAGUUAAGCCUACAGGAAGUGUAUGUGCCUCAUUUCUUACCCAAAACUACCAACUGCCAGUCCUUGAUACAAUGUUUGUAAGAAAGAAGUAUCGAGGCAAAGAUUUUGGGCUUCAAAUGCUGGAGGACUUUGUUGAUUCCUUUACAGAAGAUGCACUUGGCUUGCGGUAUCCACUCUCCUCUCUAAUGUACACAGCUUGCAAGCAGUACUUUGAAAAGUAUCCAGGAGAUCAUGAACUCCUCUGGGAAGUUGAAGGUGUUGGACACUGGUACCAGCGAAUACCAGUCACCAGAGCAUUACAGAGAGAAACGCUUAAAAUUACUGCAGUUUCUCAAAAUGAAGCCAAAAGACCCAUGUCUGGAGAAUAUGGUCUUGCAUCUGUUCCAGAAUAUGAAGCAGAAACUGAAGACAAUCAGUCUAGUGAGAUGCAGCUAACUAUUGACUCUCUAAAAGAUGCCUUUGCAAGUACUUCUGAAGGUCAUGAUAAAACACCGGUUUCCACUCGUACUCGAAGUAGUCAUCUAAAGCGGCCAAAGAUUGGAAAGCGAUUUCAGGAUUCUGAAUUUAGUAGUUCGCAAGGGGAAGAUGAAAAGACUCCCCAGACUUCACCUGCAGCUUCAAUAAACAAAUUGGAGUCUACUGUACGUACAUCAGAGAGCUCAGAAGAAUUCCUGGAAGAAGAACCCGAACAAAGUGUGAUUGAAUUUGAGGACGAAAGUAGUGAUAAGGAUGCUCGGCCUGCACCAGAAACCCAGGCACGUCUGGAAAAGCAAGAUGGUGAAAAGGAAUCUGAAUUAGAGCCUCUGAAUGGUGAGAUAAUGGAUGAUACUCUGAAGGCCUCACUUACAACUGAAGAGGAGGACUCCGCUAGUGAAGUUUUAGAUGAAGAAACAAAAUUGCAGUCUUUUAAUUCCAGUGAAGACUCUGCAACUCUUGUUCCAGUGGUGGCAGAAUCUUCAAAACCUCCUGAGACUGUUGCACAGGAUAAGACCUCACAUAUAACUGACUCAGAAAUGUUGCUAGACGAAGGCCCAUCUGAUGAAAAAGGGCACACUGAAGAGAAACUACCACUAGUUUCCAGAAAGAAAGCCCAUUUUGGGAGUUCAGACAAUGUUGGUACUGUCCCAAAUGAAGAACGAUCUGACAGUGGUUUUCCAAACUCUGUGAUAGCUGAAUUUUCUGAGGAGUCCAUCUCUGAAAAUUUAUCGCCCAAUACUACUUCUUCAUUGGAAGACCAGGGUGAGGAGGGGGUACCUGAGCCCCAAGAAACAUCUACAGCUCUUCCCCAGAGUUCUUUGAUAGAGGUUGAACUUGAAGAUGUGCCAUUUGCACAGAACGCAGGACAGAAGAACCAGUCGGAGGAACAGUCUGAAGCAUCUUCGGAGCAACUGGAUCAGUUUACCCAGUCAGCAGAGAAAACUGUGGAUAGCAGCUCAGAGGAGAUAGAAGUGGAGGUGCCUGUGGUCGACAGGCGGAAUUUAAGAAGGAAGGCCAAAGGGCAUAAAGGACCUGCUAAGAAGAAAGCGAAGCUGACAUGAGUCAAGAAGAAAUGCAGAUGCUAGAACCCUCUUCUUUGUAACAUAAUUGUUGUUUUUAAAAUAUGGUAAUAAAUGGCAUGGGGCACAGGGCAAAAAUUCUAAAAUUUUACUUUGAACUUAUUUAUGAUGCCAGUUUUCCCUCCCCCUUAGGACCUAGGAUUCACCAUUCUUUUUAAUUUUUCAGGCUGUUUGGUGUAAGUACAAUUUUUUAUUUUUAUUAACCAUGUUUCGAUUUGGGGAAACCAGAUCAUACUAUAUUUUCUUUAACAAUUGGGACACCUGACCGUUAGUAUUUCAGAAAAUAUAAAUUAAACUGAAAGUAGUAGGCUUUCCAUUACUUGUAAGGAUCACAGAAAUCUUUUAUACUAUGGAUUUUAAUAGUAAACUUGGUGAAGGUUCCAGAAGUUUUAUCUUAAAAAAUCAAAACUAAUCAUUUUUUAAAAUGUAGGCAUGUCAAAACAAAAAUGUCAGUACGUGAAAAUAUACUUCAACUAAAUGACAGCACAAAUACAGAAGUUUAUGGUGAAGGGUUUUUGAAGGUGGUAUUUUGGCCUCCUGAUUCGUAGCUGUGUAGAUGCUGUUUCCUCCUUUGACUUGUGUCUGAGGAAAGGUACAAAAUCUGUUUCCAGUUCCAUCUUGACAACAUCUUAUACUAACAAUACUGCUAGGGACUUAACUUCGGCAUGUCGGCAUUCAUGAUUAUAUACGUUUCAUUUGAAGCUGGGGACUAUACUUUUGUCCUCAUCCAAUUAACAUGUAUACUUCAGAAGUGUGAGAACCCUUCCUAAGGCUUCUCCUUGAUUCUGCCACUGCCUUUACUCUAGAGUUGUAUAUUCUCCUCAGCUUUUGUCCACUUCCGUAACUCAAGAGAGUGAUUCCUACCAAAAGGUCUGCCUGCUCGUCUGCCAGCUUAUAUCCUUGGCAUCCACACCUGGGUAGAUUUGGACCAUGCCCCCACCACCUUAGAUCCACAUGACAAGAAUAAAUCUGCCUAGGGAGCUACAGUUAAGAGCUUAUAUCAAAUUGGAGGCUUUGGGUGUUGCUCUGGUCUUGCUCACUCUUAAUUUGUUCUUGACAGGUUACAAGCUAGCCUGUAUAUAUACAUUGUUACUGUAGCAAAGGCUUUUGCCUAGGAAAAUUAAAAAAAAAAUCUCAUUAAGUAUUAGGUGUGCUCAGAUUUGCGCUUCUUGUGGAGAAUGCUUUGAGACCAUUUAGGUUGUUUUUAAAACAGAAUUGGUCUUUACAUGGAAAAAAAACAAAACGUUAAGUCUUUCUGCCAUUAUCUGAGGUGCUAAGGAUUGAUGUUGAAUGCUUUAUCCUAGUCUAUGGUCAGGUGAGGUCAUUAAAUUUUAUUUUGAGAUAGUGAUAUUUUAGAUCUAAUAAGCUGAGUUAAAUGUUUAAGCAGGUAAAAUGACAGUAAAUUUUGAAUGCUCGUAUCCCCUACAUUUUCCUUUGUUACUGGUCAGAGGCAAGCCAGAUGACUUUACUCCAGAUGAAAAAUUAAAGCACUUUGGCCAUUUGUUUUCUGAACAAAUGCUGAUUAGUCGAAAAAAUAAGUAUGACUGGUACUAGUACUAGUGUAUCUAUCAUGUUGAUGCCGUUUUAUAGAUUUUGUGAGAAACUUUACUACCACAAUUAGGGAAAUAAAGAUAGGAAGAUUUAGUAAAUUCUUAACCUUUCCAUUUUUAAUUUCUUACAAUAGAUUUAAAAACCUAACACUUAGAUAUUUUACUUUUUUACUUGGACUAUUCAUUAUUCUCGGGUAUAGUUUAAGAAAUUUGAGCUGACAACUCUUGAUAGGUGAAUAUAUAGUUGCUGAGUUCACAAAAUAAUCAGUUAUUCGUGUAUAAGUGGGGACUAACAGUAUACACUCACCUUGUUAAACUUGUUUGGUUUAUUCUUAAACAGUAAGAGCAUUUUCAGCAAUUGCAGUACUUUUUGCUUAGCAUACCAGAAAACUUUUGAUACAUAUUAUCUCUGACAGAGAAUGUUAUUUUGGGGUUUGUAGAUGGUAGAGAAAGUGAGGUCACGUAGAAAAACCUUACUGUCAUGGUUAGUAACAUGUUCGUGUCCAGUAAAUGAGUUCUGUACUCAGUGAGUAUAGAAUUGAUAACAAAAUUUGUCCUCAAUAAGGAAUCUGAAUAAAACAAAUCAGAUACCUAGUUUUUGCCAAGGCAUUGGAAAAACUUCAGAAUUAGAGAGGACUGAAAUCUGAUUUCAGCCAGCCAGUCUAGUUGUUGAGUGUCUAGUCACAUUCUAUAGUCCUUUGUGGACUGCUUUUUUCUGUUUAGAAGUUUUAUUUCUGGAAAAGACUUCACUUCAGUUUGUGUAAAUACGUAUAUAUUUCCUUAUGUAAUAUAAAACAUAUAUAUUAGCAAAAUUUUAGUUCUGCUUUCAAGUUUAAAUUCUCCAGUUGCUAGACAUCACAGAAAUAUAUUUAAGAAUUUAUUAUAAAGCUCCUCUACAACUUUUAAAGGUGAGAGGAUCUAUUAUGAUUUUUUAUAAAAUCAAAUAGCAUGACAGAAUGUCAGUCUUCUACUUAAAAUGUCUAUAUUCACGGUGUUUCCAUUCACUGCAGAAUGAACAUGGCAAGGUAACAGUUACUGGUGAUCAAUGGUUCGCUUUUAGCUGACCACCAGAACACUACCUAAAAUUGUUUCAGUGACUUCAGAAAAUUAUCUUGAAGGUUUAUGAUUACAUCAAACUGAGUCUUGACGUAGUAUCUGAAUACCUGCUAUUAAGUACUGCUUUACCGUUAGGGACUACCUUCUAAGGUUUGGUCACACCAGCAAACUGAUACAGAUCUUAAUGUAAAUAAAGAAUUUAUACUAACAUUACCCAUCUGUGUAAUAGCAUUUUAGAAAUUUCUGCCUUGUAUGUCCACUAGUGGCUAAUCUGAUGUUAGGGUGUUAGCCAGUCUUUCAUGAGUGUUAUUAGUUACAAAUGUUAGGCUUCUGUUGGUAUAUUUAAUAUCAAGCUUUCUUUGUACAUGAUAGUUAAUUUGCUUAUUUUGGGUUCUAAAAGAUAAGUGGACCUUAGUUCUGUAGUAUUGUGCUUACCUUUAACCUUUUUUCCCCCCCACCUUCCAAAACAGUCAUUCACACAUUCCCCAUUUCUAUUAGUGGCAAAAAUCAGUCGUUAAAAUCUUAAUUGUUAAGAAAAGUUCAGCUUCUGUCAUCCUAAAGUAAUUGUAUCAUACUGGAUAGUCAUUCCCAAGGAAAUAGGCUUUCUUUUCCUAAGUGUGUAUGUGUUCUAAAACUUCUAUGUUUACAGUAUUUAGAAAAGAUGUUACGUUAUUGAGAAGAGCAAGUCUUACUGAGGUACUCAUGUUUGUUUUCUUGGUAGUUUUUUUUGUUUUGUUUUUUAAGUUUUAAUAGUAGUAUGUUUUGUGAUCGUUUCCUGGCCUGUGUUUUGAUAAUUGAAUUUGUUUAGACAUAAAAUAAUUUUGUUAAAGGCACAAUUAAUCACAGUGGUUGUACUUUCAAGACAGACUUUAAAAAUAAACAAUUUAAAACCA